UUGGUGACUAAACGCGAGCGUAGGUGAAUAAUUAUCGUGUUCCAGCAUCGCGAGAGUUCGCACAAUACGGCGAACGGUUUUGUUUGUGUAGCUGGCCACCUCGGGCUCGGUUUUGCGCAAAACGUAGAGAGUAGAAAAAAGCUGUGACAACGACGGACCGUAAACAUGUCGGAAUCAUACGAUUAUCUGUUCAAGUUUCUCAUCAUCGGUCGUGCUGGCAGCGGAAAGUCCUGUCUGCUGCAUCACUUUAUCGAAAACAAAUUCAAAGAGGACAGCUCGCACACAAUCGGCGUGGAGUUCGGUUCGCGAAUCGUGAAUGUGGGCGGUAAGUCGAUCAAGCUGCAGAUCUGGGAUACGGCUGGGCAGGAGCGGUUCCGUUCCGUGACCCGUUCGUACUACCGCGGGGCUGCCGGCGCGCUGCUCGUUUACGACACCACCUCGCGGGACAGCUUCAACGUGCUGUGGAACUGGUUGAACGAUGCGCGGACGCUGGCCAGCCAGAACAUCUGCAUCCUGCUCGUCGGCAACAAGAAGGACCUGGAGGAGGAACGCGAGGUCACGUUCCUGGAGGCGAGCAACUUUGCGCAGGAGAACGAGCUUAUAUUUCUGGAGACGAGCGCCAAGACGGGCGAAAACGUUGAGGAAGCCUUUUUGAAGUGCUCCAAAACGAUCCUGGCUAAGAUCGAGACCGGAGAGCUCGAUCCAGAGCGGAUCGGCAGCGGCAUUCAGUAUGGCGAUGCGUCGACCCGGAAUGCUACCGGCGGAGCGCUCGCCAGUGGACAAACCUCCCCGAGGAGCCGCCUACGACCAGACUGCGCCGGUGGUGGUGGCUGUCGUUCGUAGACGGUGUCCGGAGGAGGAUGACCACACCACGCUGUUAAGGUUGGUAACGUUUGAAACCUUUCCUCUUGUUGGAUUUACCUUUUCGUCCGGAGGGCAAAUUGCUUCCGCCAAGAAGAUACCAUAAAAAUAUCGACCGUUUAUGCGCAUUAUCAGUUACUGAUAGAUAAAACAAAACCGCCACUUGAUAGAAUACGUGAUGCGAUUGGUGGCGACAGUAUCUUCUAUCGGUGAUCGAAUCUCAAAACUGUGCUAAAAGGAAAAGGAAAACCCAAAAAUGCCGUCGAACAAUGAACGACCCCUCGACCGAUUGGCGAUUGUUUGUUCAGCUUAAGGAGCAGUAUUCGGGUGUAAAUUAAAUUUGAACAUUUAUUCGGCAUUCGUCGCGCCAAAGCCCUGCCGCCUUUCGGAACGCAUUUGAAGAGUCAACCUGUGUCUGUGUUAUGCUUUCUCUUAUCGUGUUAAACUUUUGUUUGAUAAAUGAAUCUUGCUUUCGGUGCAUUAGUUAUUUUUCCUCUUUUUUCCGUAGCAGAAGAACCCAAGCCACUAGCUGCACCAAGGUGUACCUGAAAACAGUAAGGUUAUAGAAGGUUGCUUUUUGUUUUGUUUGCAUUUCGGUUUCUUAUUGUUUCUGUUCUCCAUAAAAUGUGCUUGUCCGUUAUCGCUAACUAGGUUUCAAAUUGGGUGUUUACUUUCGUGCGGUGUGCGUACUAUCAGCUGCUGUGUGAAAACACACGCGCUUAGGUGGAGGUUAAAAUUGAUUACAAACAGUGUGAGGCAGGCAGGACCACAGAGGGGCCGGUGCGGCCAACGGAGGACAUAUUGUACAUUAAGGUGCCUGGAAAAGCAUGGGUCGAGUGAUGGAACGAGAGAAUGGAGCGUAAACGGAAUCACGAGUGAAUGCGACAAUUUCCAAAACUAUUCGGUUGUCUUGAAACAACAAAGCUACCCUUUCACUCACAAACCGUAGCUGUUGAGACUAAAGAAAGGCCGAUUUAUACACUAUAGAUUAGGAUUCGCCGGGUGGCGCCGGAAAAUAGGACUAAACUAAGAUUAGAGCAAAUGUGUUUUUUUAUCUAUAACAGCGGAUAGAGCCGUAUUUACGUAUGUUUCUUAUUUUAUUAUACAAAAAAGAGUUUAUUCAUUCGGAAGCAAAAAACGUUCACCCUCAGUAAAUUGUCUAAUAAUAAAACUUUGCAGUUGUCUACUUACGGCAUGUUAGAAGCGCUUCGGAAUAGAGUUGAGUAAAAAUCUGCUUGAAGGUGCUAGAAAUUCUACCUGUGACGUCCGCUUUGUAAAAAUAAUCAUCGGACUAGACACUAAACCUUUCCCUUUAUUACUGUGUAUUAGAAAACCUGAGUUUCAGAGUAAUACAAAUAAAUAU